AUGAUCCAGGCGGAGAAAUGCAACCAGGUUGAGCAGCUCGCAGGCUUUCAGUACAACCUGAACGAGAAAGUCAAGCAAGUCGCAGAACUUCAACACAAAACCCAGGAAAUUCGCAAAUCGAGUCACAACACGAUCCAGGAACUUCGAGGGAAUGUUCGGGUCGUGGUUCGAGCCCGGCCAGCUCAAGGUUCAGGUGGCAUCCUGUCAUUUGGAAGCGACGGGGCCCGUUUGACCUUGAGCGAGGGCGAUCAGGGCCAGUCGUACGAGUUCGACCGGGUUUUUAGCCCUUCAUCGACCCAAGACCAACUUGAAGGGCUGGUCCAAUCCGCCAUCGACGGGUAUAACGUCGCCCUCUUCGCCUAUGGACAGACAGGGGCUGGAAAAACCCACACGAUGCUUGGAUCUGACACCGGUCAACAGCGCGGGGUAAUUCCGCGUGCGCUGGAGAAGAUUUUUCAAGAGACUUCGGUUUUGACCGAAACUGGCUGGACGUUCAAGGUUCAAGUGUCCGCCGUCCAAGUUUUCAAGGAGGAGGUGCACGACUUGCUCUGCACCGGCGAGCUUGUGAAUCUGAGGCUGAUCGAGAGCAAGACCAGCCACCAAGUCGCUGUCCAGGGGUUAACCACCUCGCAGGUACGUUCCAGUGUGGAGGCCCUAGAUCUGCUCACUCGAGCAACCGGGCGCCGCAACACUGCGAGCACGGCGAUGAAUCAGUCAUCGUCGCGCUUGCACUUCGUUUUCAUGGUGCGAGCCGUGGGGUCAAACCCCGACCGCCAUGACAGCGUUGAUGGGCUGCUCUAUCUGGUCGACCUCGCGGGCAGCGAAAACGCUGGCCGCUUCCAGGUUCCUUAUCGGAACUCGAGGUUGACGCGCCUGCUGGAACCGUGCCUCUCGAAUGGAGGCAAGGUGCAACUGGUUGUCAACCUCUCAGCAGAUGCUGAGUCUGCUCGCGAGACCUCGCAGUCUCUGCGCUUCGCGGCAACCGCCAAGUCCUGCGCCCUCGGGUAG